CAUUCAUGAAUGUCAAACUGGCCAUGGAUGAAAGUUUACUACAAGAUUAAGCCUCUGCUGAAGAGUGCUGAGACUGAGAAGGAGCUGGCAACCAUGAAAGAGGACUUUACAAAAUGCAAAGAAGAUCUUGCCAAGGCUGACCCAAAAAGAAGGAGCUUGAAGAGAAGAUGGUGGCACUGCUGCAAGAGAAAAAUGAUCUGCAGCUGCAAGUGGCUUCUGAAUCUGAGAAUCUCUCAGAUGUUGAGGAGAGGUGUGAGGGUCUGAUCAAGAGCAAAAUCCAGCUUGAAGCUAAACUCAAAGAGACAACUGAGAGACUGGAGGAUGAAGAAGAAAUCAAUGCUGAACUGACAGCCAAGAAGAGAAAACUGGAGGAUGAGUGCUCUGAGCUGAAGAAAGACAUUGAUGACCUGGAGCUCACCUUGGCUAAAGUUUAGUCUAUAUCAUCACCUU